AUGGCUUCUCUUCCCUCUGCAACAAUGCGAUCACCGCCACGACCACCACCUCCUUCUCCUCGCCAUUCUCCUCCUCCUGACAAUGUAGUUGAUGAUGAUGAUAACUCUGAUUACUUCAACUCCUUCCCACCUGGUUUCAGGUUUCGUCCUCUUGAUCAUGAGCUUAUUGAUUAUUAUCUGAAGAAAAAGGUUGCGAAUCACCCACUACCCAUGAAUCAAAUCCGAGAGGUUCAGCUUUACAAGCAUAACCCUGAGGAGCUCGCUGAGAAAUACCGACCAUAUGGAGAGAAAGAAUGGUAUUUUUUCACUCCUAGAGAUCGGAAGUAUAAAAAUGGAAAUAGACCAAAUAGGGCAGCUGGAAAUGGGUAUUGGAAAGCAACUGGAGCAGACACAUUAAUAAAAAGUAAUGGCCAACUUGUUGGCUAUAGGAAGUCAUUAGUUUUCUACGUUGGAAAGGCUCCCAAGGGUGACAAAUCAGACUGGAUUAUGCAUGAGUAUCGGGUCAAAGAAAGUGGUACUUCUCGAAUUAAUAGAGGACCUAAUGAUAUGAAGUUGGAUGACUGGGUCUUAUGUAAGAUAUAUAAGAAGCCAGAAAAGCCAGAAAAAUCAAAAGAAGUUAAUAAUGCAGAAAUUCAAGUUCAAGUGAAUGAGGUUGAGGUUGAGGUUGAGGCUGAGGUUGAUGCAGGGAUAGGAGAUAGUGAUUAUUCUGAAGUAGUUAAUGAUGAAGAUUCUGGCUCUCUAAAUACUCCUAAUAGUUCCAAUUACAUGGGAUUGAUUAAUCCAGUUCAAAAUGAAUAUAGCAUUCCUCAGCUGCCACCUUCGGAAUCCUCUCAUAUGUUUGCUGCUGCUAAUUAUUCUUACAACUCUGGCAGCAAUUUUGGUUAUGGAGAUGCAAUCAGUUCAAUUGAACCAAUUUCUUUCCAGCCAUCCAUGGAUUUCAUGGAGAGUAACUAUCAAUCAAGUUCCUUUGCAACUGGGUAUGCUUAUGAUGAUUACAAUUUGGGUUUCAAACAAGAGAAUUCCUAUUUGUUACCUCAGUAUGAUUUCUUCAACCAGAACUAUUUGGAUGCUUUCAACUUUCCUCUUGUUGAUCCUAUUGAUGAGAUUUUGUCAAAUUCAACUAUGAUGCCACCAGUGGAAAAUGACACAAGUGUGAUGCCAACAGUAAAAAUAGACUUGCCUCCAGUAAAAACAGACACAAGUUUGAUACCUCCAGUAAAAAGAGACACAAGUGUGGUUCCACCAGUAAAAAAAGGACAAGUCUAA